AUGAUGUUCCCAUACGAACCUGGUUCCCAAAGGAGAACCUCUUCAGUUUUCAAACUGCUACUACAACUAUGCAAGCCAUCUCGGCGUUCAGGGGCUACGCAGAGAGGAAGAGACGGAAGCGAGAGAAUGAUUCCGCAGCGGUUAUUCAGAGGAAUUUUCGGAAGCACCUCCGCAUGGUGGGGAGCCGAAGGGUUAAAGCACAAACAUUUGCCGAACGGCGUGAGAGGAGCUUCAGCAGGUCCUGGAGUGACCCGACUCCCAUCAAAGCUGAUUCCUUCCAUGACUCCCGAGAAAGCCAUGACCUUCAGGAUUCCUGCGGCACUUUGGAGGGUGACUUUGACUUGAACUGGGAAGCAGAAAAGGAACUUGAAGCCAUGGCAUGUGAUGGAGAAGACUUUAUUCCGCCAAAAAUAAUGCUCAUUUCUUCCAAGGUGCCCAAAGCAGAGUACGUCCCGACCAUCAUCCGCAGGGACGACCCCUCCAUCAUCCCCAUUCUCUACGACCAUGAACAUGCCACCUUUGAUGACAUCCUAGAGGAAAUAGAGAAGAAGCUGAACAUUUAUCGGAAAGGCUGCAGAAUCUGGAAGAUGCUGAUAUUUUGCCAGGGAGGUCCCGGUCACUUGUACUUGUUAAAGAACAAAGUUGCCACUUUUGCCAAAGUGGAGAAGGAGGAAGAUAUGAUCCUCUUCUGGAAGAGGUUGAGCCGGCUGAUGAGUAAAAUCAAUCCUGAACCAAAUAUCAUUCACAUCAUGGGCUGCUAUGUUCUUGGAAACCCCAAUGGGGAGAAGCUAUUUCAGAAUCUGAAAAACUUAAUGAAUCCUUAUAGGGUUGCCUUUGAGUCUCCACUUGAACUAUCAGCUCAAGGUAAGCAGAUGAUUGAGACUUACUUUGACUUCCGCCUUUACCGCCUCUGGAAGACCCGCCAGCACUCCAAGCUCUUGGAUUACGACGACAUUUUAUGAGCUGGAGAAGACUUUGCAAGAGGAAGUUGAUCACCGGUGUCCAAGAAGUCAUGCUUACUGCAGAGAGACUUUUUUAUUGGCACAGGGAGCCCUUCAAAGCCCGUGGGGAGGCCGCAGCUGGAGGGAAGGGGAGCCCUCGGCAGUGUGGGGAGGAGUCUCCCGGGCCAGGAGGGACUGGGGGGAAGGGCUGGACACCUGCCUCGCCCCGGGCCGCAGCCCCGGCGCCUCAGGAGGAGCUGUGUGGAAUGAGGACAGGGGGGAGUUCCUUGCAGAACUGAGCUGUUCUGGGUCAGAAUGGGCCAGAUUUGAUUCCAGGUCCUUUUAAAGACUUUUGAAGCUCAGGUUUUCUUACAAAAAAAAAAAAAAACAAAACAAAAACAAACUCAAAUGAGUUACCCGUGCACUACAGUGAAGUGUUGACCAGAGCACAGAGGGGUUCGUACUGAUGGGACCUUCAGUGCUGGGGGUCUUGGAGAGCAAGGACUGCUGCACCUACUCCUGCAAGCUUAGAUCAAGACGAUCCAGUUUCCAUGUGAAUAUAUACUGGAACAUAGAGUUGAAAUCUA